AUGGAAAAGUCCAGGAAGAUCUUUGUCACUGUCCUCGUGUUUGUCAUGGCUGUGGAAAGCUGCUUGGCUCAACAUUGGUCUUAUGGGCUGCAACCAGGAGGGAAAAGGAACGCUGAUUACCCAGAGGAAUCAUUGCAGGAGAUUGCAAAUGAAAUGGAAAAACUAAGGGGAGUGCAGAAGACUGAAUGCCCAGGCUCAGCCCAGCGUUCCGGCCUCAGUGAGCUGAGGGAGGCCAUGGUAAGGAACAUGUUUCUUCUUGCAUCUCAUUUUCCCAUAGAGAGGACCAGCCCAGGCUGGGAAAGUACAGGGAGGAAAGAGAAAAAAGGUGGUGGAGGACUAGGAGGAGGAAGAGGCAUGUAA